CUCGCACCACACAAUUUGCUUGCACUCACCGAUCAGCCAUGGCCGGUUGCUUCGGAUGCUUCGCCUUCUUGCGGCCUCUACCAGGGCCGUUGGAUGGACCUCCGCCGCCGCCUUUGCGCCAAGUGGUGGAAGGCUUCACGCUCACCAACGAAGCGACCAGCAUGUGGCGGCCCCCGGCCAAAGUCGAGACUCCCAGCAGGGCGCCGAGAGGUGUGCCGGCGCCGAUUUCCGCGAUCCCCGAACCGACGCAGGAUCUCACCAUGGAGGUGCAGAGCAUCGACCUCCAGCGACUGUCCAAGGCCAUGGCCUGCAUUGAGCGCUACACCGGGCUCCGGGAGGCCGCCGGAACGGAGGAGAAUUGGGCCUCCUUUCCGGAGACUCCGAGCCCGAAGAAGCUUCUUCCAAAGGUGAAGGAAGCUUCCGACAAGACCAUGGACACGCCUUCGACGGUUUCUCCCAAGGGCACUGCUUCGCCUCUCGAGAAGCCUACGGAGGCGCCACGCAAAGCGGAAAAGGAGAUCCUGCCCGCUUCCAUGUUCGAGAAACUAUCCGCACAGCCCAUGGCUGUGCAGACCCCGAAGAAGCUUCUUCCAAAGGUGAAGGAAGCUUCCGAAAAGACCAUGGACACGCCUUCGACGGUUUCUCCCAAGGGCACUGCUUCGCCUCUCGAGAAGCCUACAGAGGCGCCACGCAAAACGGCAAAGGGGAUCCUGACCGCUGACAUGUUCGAAAAGUGGUCUGCUGAAAGGCUUCCGGCGGACUUCCUGGACUCUCGUACGGCCAGACGAAGGUGGGAUGCCUGGGCGGAGCAGGCGCUGGCGAAGGAAGCGGCACAGCCCGGCAGCGUUCUGGUCCCGCACCACUCCAAGGCCACAUGGAAAGAUUACGUCUGGGACUUGGACGUGGGCGACGACAUCGAGCUGGAAGGCAUUUGGAUUCCUGUCCGGCCUGGCGUCAAGUUGCAGAUCCUCCUUGGUGACUCUGCGCUGGGAUGCUUGGAGUACAAAGUCGGCCAGGACUUGGAUGCUGUGUGCCUGGGCUUCGUGAAGGCCAAAGGCCUCCGCGAGCUCUUCGCGCCGCUGGUGGCGCAGCACAUCCAGACGCUGAUCGCGAGCGGCACCACUGAAGCCGCUGUGGACGUGGUGGAGCUGUUGUGAGUGCA